AUGGAGCACAGAGAUGAUGAUGAUGAGGAUGUGUCUUUUGCCAAAUGGAUGAGCAGCUUCUGGGGUCACAGCUGGAUAGAGGAGGAUGAAAGAGGACUCCGGGACCGCCGCGGAUCACAAGACGCCAGUUACAGGAAAACCUCCCUGCCCUGCCCAUUUCCUGUGCUUCCCAGAAUCACAUCAUCUGACAGCCAUCCUAGAAGGCGUUCUCAUGAGGACCAGGGAUUUCGAUGCCGUACCCACUUGCGGGCUUACAGAAAAUGCUCAGGGGAAGGGUCAUUCGGAGAGCCACUGGAAUCAACAGGAAGAUCCCAUUCUAAAGUGCAAGCGUUUUCAGAGUCCUUUGAACAGCAACUGUGCUUUAGAACCAAACGCUCUGUCUCUUUGGGACCUGAGAGCAGACAGGAGAGAAACGAAAGAGAAUGCCUGAGGAUGGAGACAGGAUCCUGCAAGAAGGUGGAGGAGAGAAGGAGCUGUAGGAAGGAAGAGCACCGAGAGGCAUACAUGACCCCCCUGUUUGAAAAAAGGCCCAAAUAGUACUGUUUCCACAUCACGACCACAGAUGCUGCUGUGUUUCUUGAGUCUCGAUUCACCAUGCCAAGGUGUGGAAGCUGUGAAAAUGUCUGCAGAUGCCGAGGGACUUGGAGUGGGCGGUUGGUUCGCUGCUCCCCAAGACAACGAGCGUCAUACUCCACUGCUCUGGCAUCUUGAGAGCAUGAUCUGCUCCGUUGCCCUUUUAUGGGAAUAAGAAGAAUAAAAGGCAUUUUAAUAGAAUAAAGUAAUUCUUGACAACAUAAAGAAAGGUAUUUAAAGAGCCACCCACACAUCUUCACCAACCCU